AUGGUCGCAACGGCCAUCCUCAACGGCCUCGUCGCCGCCCUGGCCAUGGGCUCAACCGUCGCUGCCGCCCCGUCCAAGCCUUCCUCCUCCCGUCGUGACGAAGCUGCUCCCGGCACCACCACCAUCACCUGGAACGGCAACGACUAUGAGGUCGGCUACGACCCGGAGCGCGCCGCUGCCAUCUUUGCCGAUGCCGCCUUCCCUGCGGGUGCCAUCCCUAGGCUGACCGAGGCGGAUCUCGCUGCCAUCGCCUCUGUCACCGGGCUCAAUGCCACCGCGGCUGCCGACUUCUUCGUGGGCACCGAGCCUCAGUCGGACGAUGCCGCCGCUGCCGACAAGCGCGACUGGAGCGAAUCGUGGCACCAGACAAACUCAGACUUCCCCUACCGGGCGCUUGGCCGCAUCACCUGGCAGAACGGAGCAGUCUGCAGUGGUACUCUUGUCGGCUCGCGUCUGGUCCUUACAGCAAGCCACUGCAUCCCCCCCGACAACUCGGCCGUGUCCUUCUCGCCAUGGUACAACUACGGCAACGAUGCAACCUUUGGCACCUACUGGGCAACUCAUUAUCUAUCCUACGGGGGUGGUGAUGGCUCCUUCUGCCAAAUAAAGAACGACUGGGCUCUUAUUGUGAUUAGCGAGCGAGUCGGCCAGCUUCUUGGCUACCUCGGAGCCCGCAACGUGGGUGAUGAUAUGCUGAAUUGGCCCUAUGUGCAUAGCUGUGGAUAUCCCGGCGCCAAGGGCAGCGGGCGUGACAUGUACUGCCACAACAACAUCAGGGUGGACAGCUACGGAGGCUGCGGUGCCGAUGGCCCCGUUCUUUCAAACGCCUUGGUCUAUGGCGGACAGUCCGGCUCGGGGACCUGGACGCCCUUUGGCGGUUCCCCAUACUCUGUCUUUGGCGUCGUCAGCGCCUCGAUCGGGGCCCCGUACGACCAGACCGGCCAUGCUUCUGGCCAGAGCAUCCCGGAGGCGGUCCUCUACAUGCGCAGCGAAUUUCCGUAG